AUGAAGAAAAGUGGGAUUUUGUAUUAUUGAGAUUUAUACGAGUUGAAAACAUCGGAAAUUACAGCAAAUAACAUCGUUUAUAGCAGAUAUUGUACAUUGUUGGUUGGAUUUUCUAGGAAAGAUUAUUUAUGGCUGGAAUGAACCAAUACCCUUUCCCAAGAAAACAGCAGGAGCUAUCACCAGUUCCAGGAGGCAGAAAGAAUAUGCAGGCCAUAGGAUCAAUGAAAAAGAGCAAGCUUGGCUAUGAAGACAUUGAUGAUGACUUUGGUCAUGGCAUGUACUUCAACCCGUCUAGUUUCUCAAUGCACAGACAAGAAAAAGAGUCUAGUUUGCUUUCAUCGUCAUCACAACAUUUAGGUGGUCUUUAUGGUGCGCCAUCAGGGAUGCAAUCGCCAGGACAAUCUAAUUUCUAUGGGUCUGGACCUCACAAUACAGGGAUGGCGCCUCCCAAUUCAAUGCAAGGACCUCCUAACAGCCAAAGGGGGCUUUCGUCUUCCCAGAAUCAGCCAUAUAAUCGUAGUAUUUCAAUGCCUUCAACGUCUCAUGGUAUGCCACCAUCAGUGAGUUCGUCAGGAAUGCCUAAUGUACAAUCUUCGUCUUCUUUACAUACCAUGGUUGGCGCACCAGGAAUGAACUCCAACUCCAAUCAGAUUGGAAGUAGAGGAAUUCUCUCGAUGGGUCCACGUAGUGGUAUUGGUCAAGGAUUACAAGGUCCACCAGGUCAUAUUGGUAGUCAACAAGGUUUAAGCUCRUUACCUAAGUCAUCUAGAUCUGUCUCUGUACCAUCAGCUAUGUCAAGUGUUACAAACAGCAGUGUUAGUGUGGCAGGAUUUCCUCUGAGUAGAAGCCAGUCUACAAGUAAUUCGCAGGUAACAGUUGGCUCUGGUUUGCAAUCAUUGACAAGUGCAUUUACACCAACAGACCAAAUGGGCAGACUACCAUCCCCACCAGGACGACGRCAACCAUUCCAGUCAGCAUCUGUGUUUAGAGACUUCAGACAAGGAGGAAGAUAUGGUGAGAAUAUUUCCCCAGGGGGUAGUGCACUGGAUUUGUCUGAGUUUCCUGCAUUAGCYAAUCGAAUGCUUGAUAGUGGAGGCAGUGGUUCAGCUCCUAGUAGACCUUCAUAUGGAGUAGUAUCAAAACCUGCAGAACCCCAACCUGAUUUUUCAAUUUUAAACGAGGAUUUCCCUGCACUACCUGGCUCAGGAUUCACUAAACAAGGUGAUAAUAGUGAUGGUUCAUCUCAGCAAGAAACAAGCAAAUCACUCAUCAACUCUUUGGGAACAAGCACAACAUCAAGUAUUUUCCCUGUUACUGAUGCCAACAGAACAAACACAUCUUAUGAACAAGCAUUGAAAGACUCAGCAAGGGACAUCAAACUUGACCCAAAGCUCACUGGACAACAAUCUAACAAAUCACAGAGAGGAAUYCAGACAUCACCAUCAGGGAUGAUCACUAAUAUACCUAAAGGAAUGGUUACUGACCAGUUUGGUAUGAUAGGACUAUUAACCUUCAUAAGAGCAGCUGAAACUGAACCAAAUCUAGUAACCCUUGCUUUAGGAAGUGAUUUAACAACUCUGGGACUCAACCUSAACUCCCCUGAAAGCUUGUAUCAUACAUUUGGAUCACCRUUUGCAGACAGUCCAUGUCGACCACAUGAAAUAGAUUACCAUGUACCACCUGAUUACCGGAUAAACUCUUACAUCAAAGAAAAGCUUGCACCAAUAAAGCUGAGCCGCUACAGYGAAGACUUGUUAUUCCAUUUAUAUUACACCAAUGGGGGAGAUAUUCUACAGUUAGCUGCAGCUGCUGAACUAUAUGCACGAGAYUGGCGAUAUCACAAAGAUGAACGGGCGUGGUUAACMCGUGCUCCAGGGGUAGAGCCCCAGAUCAAGUCCACAAAUUAUGAAAGAGGAACAUAUUAUUUCUUUGAUUGUAACACAUGGAAGAAAGUUCCCAGGGAAUUUCAUCUGGAAUAUGAUAAACUAGAAGAAAAGCCUACRUUACAACCUAUUGCUGCCCAGUAGAGAUUGAAGUAUUGUUGAUCCAUGUACAGAUACCCUGUGUAUAAAGAAAUCUUUGUUAGCUACAGCAAUAAAACAUGUUUUACUAAUAA